AUGUCUCGGGCGACACCCGACGAUCAGCUGAGAUUCCUGUUGAGCUGCGUCAAGCACUCUAACAACGGACGGGUUGAUUUCGUGGAAGUAGCCAAAGAAUGUGGCGUUGUCAGCAAAGGCGCAGCGGCCAAACGGUAUGAGAGACUUCUGAAAGCAAACGGUGUCAGUUCAAGCGCUCCCAAUGCAGCUGCUGCCGCCGCUACCAGUGUCGCCGCCCCGAAGCCCGUGAAGCGAAGAGCGAGCGAGAAGUCUUCAGCCAAGAAGCGAAAGCUGGACCGAGCCGACAGCACCGUAACAGAGGGCGACAACAAGAGGCCCAAAAUGACCACCAAUGCCACCCAGGAGAUUGUCGGAUCUGUUUCGUUGAAGGCAGAAGCUGUCAAUGACGUCCCCCAGCCUGGCGUCUCCGGUGGUGUGCAACAUGGGCCAGCUGGUCCUCCCAUGUUCAUCGGUCGGCCUCCUCAUACAGCUCAUGGUCCGCUUCCGCCAUAUCCAACGCAGCAACGGCUCGGUUUUCCCAGCUUCCCUUGUUAUGGCCAUCAGGUGGUGCAAGAUCUGCCGAUGUAUCCCCCUUUUGCGCCGACUAACUUCAGAGAGCCAUGGUCGAUGCCAAUGGCCGCUCCAGACACCGGCUUCGAAGAGUACACCCACCAGGAUGCCUUCCAGCAGCAGUAUCAGAUAGGACAGCCACCACACUUAAUGGAGUCGUUGCCCAUGAGAAUACCGCCACGCCCACAGAGCGUUGUGCCAAUGGAGAAGCCGGAAGAACGUCGAGUAGAAGAUGAGGAGGCAACGAAGCCGGAUGAUCGUGUUGUUGUCGUGGACUGA